GUGCGUUUAUAUCGUAACGAAAUCACUCUACCAAUGAAAGAAUCAUCUCUAUUUUUGCAAAUAUUUUUGGCUUUUCCAAAACAGCAUCAGUCGUCAUGGAUGUAGAUACGGCAAGUGACAAUACAUCUGUAGACGAUAAAACUGAAGACUUUUGCGAAAAUCCAACAAGGGAUGCUUUAACCGAAGGGCUUAUGGGUCUAUUGAAACCAACAAUUGAUCAACUUGAUGAAAGGAUCCGUGCUACCAGAAUAAGUCAAAUUGAACUUAAACAACAAAUUGAAUCUUUAACCGAUGAGCUGAUUAAAAUAUCAGAUGCACUGCAGUCGCCGUUAGAAUUAGAUUCGUACGUGAAGAAGUUAGUAAAUGCUAAGCAAAAGGUAACAAUAGUCAGUAACGUAUUGCAAACAACACAAGAUCGUCUUAAUAAAAUUCAUCAAGCAGUUGAGAGAGACACAGCUAAAAGGAAAGCAUUACUAGAUCAUAGUUCAACCUAUGCCCAGAGCAAGGUACAAGAAUCUGAAACUGAAGGUAUUGCUGUUACAGAACAGCAAUAAAAAUGGAAAAAUUGUAAAGUUACAU